GACUAAUGAAUUAAAAAUCUUGCACUCACCGCAGUUUGCUGCUUAAUAAUGCCUGUGGCAGAAGGAUUUUUUCCUCCCCGAGGCGUGACAGCGUCGUAACCCCCUGCCACGGGAAAGGAGAGGAAGGAGAAGCGGAAUUGUGGCGAGAAGCGGAAAAGGGCGACUUUCGGGGCGGCAGAGCCCGUGGGAAGUGCAGGUAGCAGCAUGUUGCCCUGACAGCUGUCCCAGCUCCUCAGAGCGUGUCAGCCUGUUGCCAUGCAGCAGGUGCAGCCUUUUCUUUUAUUGAAGCCUUAGUGCAUAGAGGCAGCGAGAAGCCAAGGCAGUGGCCGGCCUGGGAUUAUACAAGUGCAGACACUCCACUAAGUGAGGGUUUCAUCUCACUGAAACCACUUUUUGGAGCUGGUGGUCUUGGAAGAAAGAGCAAAGGAGUAACUGAGGGUCCCGAUCCGGGAGUCAAACCCAUGCAGGCAGACCCCUACCUCUGCGUAGAGUUCCACUGAGGAAACACCACCAAGCUGGAACAAACAAGUAAAAGCGUUGACUCGAGUGCCCACAUGAUCACCACCGCCAGAGUACCUGCUGAUAAGCCAGUGCGAAUUGCCUUCAGCCUGAAUGAGUCCCCAGAUGAUGCUUCUCCUGAAAAUGACCUCUCUUUGGCUUUUCCAGAGCUAGAUCAGCAGCUGCAGCCUCUGCCUCCUUGUCAUGACUCUAAAGAAUCUAUGCAAGUCUACAAACAGCACUGCAAAAUAGCAGAAGAGUACCAUGAAGUCAAGAAAGAAAUUGCCCUGCUGGAAGAAAGAAAAAAGGAGCUGAUUGCCAGGCUGGAACAAGUGGAAAAAGAAAGCAUGGAUGCUGCUCAGCUGGCUAAGGAGUAUGCAGAACUGACAGAGGAGAAUCGAACACUGAAGCUGGCCCAGACGCAGUGUGUAGAACAACUGGAAAAGCUCAGAAUACAGUAUCAAAAAAGACAGGGAUCCUCAUAACUCUCAGCUAGCUUAUUUGAGGCAGUAUAAUACAGGACUGUUCCUGUGCUAGAAAGAGAUUUUAAAAUAAAGGUCUGUUUAAUAUGUUAUAAUACUUUACUACAGAUACAGAGUAUGUAGAGGUCUAUAUUUGAUUUAAUGCUUACCAGCCAGUAGCUUAAUAUAAUGGAUAUUUCAUCCAUUAUAUAAUGGAUAUUUUAUUUCAAGUAACAUAAUUGAAGUUAAUCUAUCCCCAUUAUAUGUUCUAGUAGAUCAGGUUUCUUUUCUAAACAUAUUUCUUCCAAUUUAAGAAGAUAUGGACACACUAGAAAAUGAUAUAAAUAGUCUCUGUGUUGGGAAUCUGGACCAUACU